UUGAAACGUUUCAAAGCCUAUCGAAUCGUCACGUCGAACACGUCGAACACCAUAAAGACAUGCCUUCCCACCGCGACAUGGUCGUGUUUUUCCUCCCAUACUCUGGCCGCUUUGAGCUGAGUUCGACCGACGUAGCGGAGCGACUGGUGACGGGGCCUCGAUGUUUGACUCACACUUGCGUCUCACGUGUAGACCCUGCCCCCCGCCCGCGGGAUGGGAUGGCAGGGCCGUCUAGAAUGGAUACUACCCGCAGAGACCUGAGGUUUUGCUCAAAGGCAUCUUUUGCGAUUGGAAAACCUACUCACAAACUCUCCACGAAUUCUUAUGCUCUUUGACGAAUUUCUUUUGCUCAAAGACCAAACUUUUACAACGUGCUCUUUACCAAUUACAUAUAUGCAACAACCAACGAAUCAGAAUGUAUAUGCAACCACCCCCUCCUGAGCCUCAUCCGCUGCUCAAGCGAUCGCAAUCGGGCGAGAGCCAUCACAGUCAUGCCACUCAUGUUACGCAUACCAGUCAUGCCAGUCAGGCAACGACAGUAUCGCGCGCAAGCUCCAGGCUGCUGUUUGGUGAGAUUCCGCUGACGCCUGCGACUACCGUUGAUGGAAAAUUCUUCUUGCGCUUUUGGCUGAAUGAUACGUGUCGCGAGAACUUGCUUGCGCACACGGAGACAGAGGAUCUUGCGAACCUUCGUCUGGUCUGCCAUGAUUUUUCUGCGCGCGCUGCGCCGGCCUUGUUUGAGUCUGUUACCGUGACGUUCAAGUCGUCGAGCUUCUCUAAGCUGGCGCGCAUGGAAGCGCUGUCGAGGAUAGGGCGCCAUGUCAAGACGUUUACCUUCCAUCUGCCCCAUGGUCCGGACACGUUUUUGCCUCCCAUCAUUGACCCGGUGACGGGCGAUGAGCAGCAGUUCCUGUAUGAGCCGCAGGUUGUGAGUCCGCAACAUGGCCCGGCUAAAGACAAGACGCCCAAGUAUGGCACCUGGGAAAUGCAGGACCUUCUUAUCAAGCAGUACCCUCCUCUUUUCCAUGCUGCGACUAAUGUCCCGGCUUUUGUCGCUAUCUUCUCUGAACUCGUCAACCUUACACAUCUCAAAGUAUCCUGCCCGGGCUUCAACAACACGUCUCGCCACCGCCGGAGUGUGGUGGACUAUGCGCUGAUCUCCCUGCGCAUUGCUGUCGAGCGCGCGCCGCUGUACAGCUUGUCAUGCCUCUCGCUUCAUCCCAUUCAUCCUGGUGGUCUUCUCUAUCUCCACCCCAUGCGCGGUUUCGGCAGCACUCCGUCAUCCGCCAAGCGCUGGGGCCAAAUCCGCCGUUUGUCAAUCUGCAUGGAAUCUAUCCCCUUCUCUUCCUCUUCAAUGCACACUCGUGCCCAAUCACUAGAACACCUGCGCACCCUGCACACCUACCUGCGUACUCUAUCGCGCAGCCUCACACGCCUCUUCUUCCGCUGGAAAGGCGAGCGCGGCCCAUCCCCGCUCUCCCUCGACCAGGAACCUUGCAUGCUCCCUGUCGCAGAAGAGUCGAUGCACCCGUCGAUGCGCAGUGAAGUCAAAGGACCGCGGCCCCUCAAGUUCUCCCGCCUCCGAUAUAUGGAGCUUGAGAACGCUGUCAUGGACUCGACGCAGAUCUCAGACUUUAUCCACAGGCAUCGGCGCACGCUCCAAGAGUUCAACUUUGAAGACGUCAAGCUCAGACAGGGCAACUGGGACGAUGCGCUCGAGCCGUUGACGCUGAUCGCCGGCAGCGAUCGCUGGAAGAGACAUCAAGAAGAGGUCAUGGACGUGCCCAUCAUGCUCAGCCCUGUGAAUGGAGAUCCGCGCAUCAUGGGCCCGCUGAUGGAAGAAGUCAAUCUUGCCAUUGAGGAGGCGAGUGGCAAGCCAGAGAGGGGUACUCAUACUCUAUCGAGAUGGCUUAGCAGGCCCAACCGAGCGUCGAGGAAGAGUGCCGCUGUCAAGGACAGUUUCUGGGGCGGUGGCGAACACAUGAAGCGCUUCCUGCGGCUGUCGACGUGGAAGUAA